AUGCUAGACAAACUCCCCACGGAAAUAUUGAGUAUAAUACUGAGCUAUGUGAGGAUUGGAACUGUAACUGGUCACAAAGACCUAAAGCAAGUAUGUGAGGUGUGCACCCGCCUGCGGGACUGUGCUAUACCCCGCCUUUAUCGGUGCCUGGUCUUCAAUGAUCCGGAAGCGACAUUGAAAAAGUUGGCUGCGGCUGUAAACUCAAUUCCAAGAAGAUACGCGUCGCAUAUACGAGACCUUGAAUUGAGGGUUCCGAUCCAUCAUCGAACAUGCUAUCACGAAAUACAUGAUGACGCAUUCGACCCCGAGGACUCGCUAUCUGACGACUCUGAAAAUAUGGAACAUGAACUAGAACGUGAUAUCGGAGAUGGAAUAGAAACGCCCGAUGAUAGUGAAUCACUUGUUGAUUUGAUACAUGCCUUGUAUGAUUUGCAUUUCCUCGAUGAUCAAUUACAAAGUUUUCGGUGGAAUCUUGGAAUGUGCAUUCCAGAUAUGAUACUAUCUUCUAAUGAGUUCUCCCUUCUCAGAAAGCAGAAGAAGGUCAAAUCUCUCAUACUCCACACGGAUGUUUAUUGCAAUAGAGGUGUAGGCUCUGGCCUGAACAAGUAUAGAGACUUCGAGUGCCUCAAAGACUGUAUCAAAGUUCAUGGUCAUCAACUACUUUCGCUCACCCUAGAUCUUGACAAUUGGGAUCGUGCAAAAGAUCUUUGGACUGACGAGUUUCGCCGACAGAGCGACGAAGAAAUACCAGACAACUUUUUGGUUCACAGGAUUAUGAACGCUAAAGUUGGAAAUGAAAGAACAAUCAUGCAGUCGCUCGAAUACCUUGACUUGUCGGCUAUCUCGUUUGAGCAUGCCGACGUCGAGAUGCCGUUUUUGUUCGGUACUGAGAACCUGAAAACCUUGAAACUGCGGAAAUGUAAAGGAUCACUUAAGUGGCUAGAACUGGUAUCAAGCUCUGGGAAGUUGACGGAGCUUAAAUACUUCGAGCUUGUUCUUACCAACAGCGGGCCUAUAACUACAACCAAGACAAUCUGCAACUUUAUUCAUAGAGCUCCGAAAUUACAGACUCUCUGUCUCAUGGUCUGCAAACCUAUCAGUUGGGAAACACUUAUAAGCACAGUUCGCCAUUGCAGCUCUUUGACACGUCUCGUCAUGCAUAGUUUAGCGGACGAACGUAUCCCAGUUCUCGGUGGCGAAGCGCACAAGGCCAAUCAGUUACAAGGCUUGCAGGCUCGACCUUCAUGCAAGCUUCUACACAACAGAGCUACUGGAACGGCUAUGGUGAAUAUGCAUUUUUUGACUCACUGUGACCCAUUGUACCACCCCUUUGGCAUAAACAAGUUUGCGGAGUGGGCAUUCAGUGCUGACGGUCUGCCCGACCUUACCGUACUUGCUUGGGGGGAUUUCUCUCACGAAGGCCACUUUUCACAGUACAAUCGCAUCUACUGUAGAUCCAAGACUGGCUAUCGACGGUUGAACGCAUCUGACAUAUCGCUUUGGGAUCUCGUCAAUGAUAACAUGGACAUGCUGGCCGCCUGCCCAUAUACGGAUACCAAUGAUCUGACAAGCUACGACUUGAUGUAG